CUUUAGCUAGUUAAGUGAUAGCAUAUGACGGUUACAACUCGACUAUGGUUAGCAUAGUUUGUUAACUUACCGGGAUUUUGAGCAUUUUAAGGCCAUUUAAUACACUGGAUACACUGGAUACACACCGAAGCUGCGAGGCAAAAUGCGCAAGGUCGUGUUCGAAACUUUCGCAUCCAGAGGCCACCAUGGACGACUUGACCAAAGCCCUCUCUGGCAGCUUUUCUGUGUCCCAAGACUUCAACUGUGUGUCGGCUCCCCACCCACGGCUGGCCCAAUACAAGAGCAAAUACAGCGCCCUGGAGCAGGGGGAACGGCGGCGGAGAUUCUUGGAACUUCAGAAAACGAAGAGGCUGAACUACGUCAACCAUGCCCGCCGUUUGGCAGACGGGGACUGGACCGGAGCCGACAGUGACGAUGAGGAGACGGCGGAGACGGCAGAGAAAGCCCAAGAGUCCCAGCAGGAUGCAGAAGAAGAGGAGGACAUGGAGGUCCAGCGGAAGUUGCCAAAGCAUUAUGCUAACCAGCUGAUGUUAUCGGAGUGGUUAGUAGAAGUGCCUGCAGAAAUGGCCUCGGACUGGCUGUUGGUGCCCUGUCCAGUAGGAAAGCGAUCUCUUGUCAUUGCCUCCAAGGGAUCGACAGCUGCGUACACUAAGAGUGGCUACUGUGUCAACCGCUUCGCCUCUGUACUCCCAGGAGGAAACAGGCAGAACUCGGCUACAGGAAAAGAUUAUACCAUCCUUGACUGCAUUUUCAGUGAAGUUGAUAGGACCUUCUACAUUCUUGAUGUCAUGUGCUGGAGGGGUCACCCCUUGUAUGACUGUUCCACAGAAUUCCGGUUUUUCUGGCUUCAGUCAAAGAUGGAGGAAGAAGGUGGCCUGGUGGAAAUGACCAAGCGUAAUGCUUUUCGGUUUGUGAGCCUUCAGAGCACUGUGUGCACAAAGGAAUCCAUCCGGGAGGCACUUGUCAAGGAGUACACCUUCAAUGUCGACGGCUUCCUCUUCUACCACAAGGAAAGCCACUAUACUCCCGGCAGCACCCCUCUAGUGGGUUGGCUGCGCCCCUACAUGAUCGGAGACAUCAUUAAUAUGGAGGUGCCGGAGUGUGCGCUGACGUGUAAGCCAGAGUACGCUCAGGACCAGCUGGAGCAGAUCCUCAAGCACAAGAGAACAACCAACAGCGACGUGCGUCCGGCCGAGCAGAACGGCAGGUACGAGCUAGAACAUCUCUCCACGCCUGAUGCAAAAAAAGAUAAACAACACUCCCUGCAAAAACAGAGAGAAGCACACAUGGAAAUCUGAAGAUGAACAGUUCUGUGAGAUUUGUUCUGCAGAUAUUUAUCACCAUGUAAGGUCAGGAGAAUUUUUUGACGGCGGAAGAAAUGUGGAGGAUGCCAAGCAGAUUAAAGGUUUUGGUUAAAGGGGUUGUGGUUGUUUCGUUGGGAUAUGGCUUCUCAUGGUUUUACCCUACGGAGGUAAAUGGAGAUCAUUUUGAAUUAUUAACCAACAUUUUAGACUUGCCUGAUGUUUUAACAAUCUGAAUGUUAAGACUUGACUUUUUGUAGUUUUAUCUGGUCCUUAAUAAAAAUUGUGUGUAAUAUUUGUUUCUUACAUUUUUAAUCUGAGAAAAAUCUCUGCAUUGGUGGUCACCUCCCUGAUUUGAUAUAUCGCCCCAUUGUUUGACUCCGACUAAAAGGAUAUCAUGGAUAAUUUCAGGUUAAAGGGAAUCAUCUGUAAAAACACUUAAUUCAAGACCUAUACAAGCUUUUAUGUGUUGGAAGAUACUCGAUGCAACACAUAAGGAACAAAAUUAAAAGUUUUCAGGCUGGAAAUGUGAAUAUUUUUUUUUGUUUCUGAUUUUAAGAAUAAAUUGAUGUGUGCUGUGUUGAUUGUAUGAAUAAAAUGGUCAGUGACAAAAAA